AUGGUCACCGAGGAAAGCACCAAUGGGCGCACCAACGGUGGUGGAGUUGGGGAUAUUGCCCAUGCUGUCGAGCCGGCUGCACAGGACUUUUCCUUCAUGGACCUAGCCGCUAAAAUCACGAUUGUUCGGAUGGGUCACGUCUACUACAAACAUAAAGACGUUGAACGCGCUCAAAAAUUCCUCGAAGCUUUUGGCCUCACGGAAACCAAACGCGCCGAGAACAAAUUCUACUACCGAGGUUAUGGCACCGAGCCGUUUGUAUAUUGUGCAGAGAAAGCCGACGAAGAUGCAUUUGGCGGCGUCGGUGUAAUAGUAGAAUCUAUCAAAGACCUUGUCCUGGCGCGCAAGAUUAUACCCACAGCCUCACAGAUAUACGAACUCAAAGAUACUCCCGGCGGCGGUCAGUGCGUUACUUUCACAGAUCCCGUAGAUGGAUUUCCUUUCCAUCUGGUGUAUGGCCAAACUCCCAUAGCUCCAUCCGCCGAUUACCCAUUCCUGGAAUUCAACUUUGUAGGUCGCAACCUGAAGAAUGUCGAACGAUUCAAUGUGUUCCCAAACGUGAAACAACGCCAUGCAGGCCAGUACCAAAGAUUUCAGAAAGGACCUGCACCUGUUCACAAGCUGGGUCACUUCGGUAUCUGCGUCACGAACUUUGAACAACAAUAUAAGUUCUACACCACAAAGUUCAACCUGAAGCCAAGCGACGUGAGUAUUGGAGCGGAUUCUCGUGAUCCAUCCCUUCAGUGA